UGGCGGCAAGUGGGAGAGUCUUUCAAACCUCCAAAGACAUGUACCACAGUUUCAUGGACUUUUCGGGUUUUUUAUGAGAAGGCACUUCUUGACUAUGAAAGGCAUAAAACAAAAGGUGGUGAGCUGAAUGUGCCUAUUACUUCUAAUUCAGAGCCAAUGAAUAUUGAAAAUCAGUGUGUCCAAGGAUUAGCUUCAUCAGGUAGGGCACGUAGAGAUGCUGCGGCCAGGGCUAUGCAGGGUUGGCAUUCUCAACGUCUUCUGGGCAAUGGUGAAGUUAGUGAUCCUAUUAUUAAGGACAGGAGCUCUUUGUCUAUGCAAAAGCGUGAAAAGCAGCUUAGAAGCAUCAAUGUACUUAAACGCAAGAAAUCGUCAGACAUGGUGAAUGCAGUCAAAGUUGCUCACAGUAAUAAACCAUCUAAACCACAACUGGACACAUCUGUGGUUGACAUUGGACCUCCUGCUGAUUGGGUAAAAAUCAAUGUUCAAAAAACUAAAGAUUGUUUUGAGGUCUAUGCUUUGGUUCCUGGCCUUCUGCGGGAAGAGGUGCGUGUUCAAUCAGACCCAGCUGGACGCCUGGUCAUAAGCGGUGAGCCUGAAAAUUCUGACAAUCCAUGGGGGGUCAAACCUUUCAAGAAGGUUGUGAGUUUGCCUUCAAGAAUUGAUACUCAUCAGACUUCUGCUGUGGUGACUUUGCAUGGACAAUUGUUUGUUCGAGUUCCAUUUGAGCAAUCCGAAUAAAGAUGAUUUAUAGAUUCCUAAGGAACCAAGGUACCAUGAUUUAUAGGAUAGUUGACCUGAAUAUGUAUGUAUUCAUGUGAAGUUCUACUAUGAAUUUUGUCAAUAUUUUUUUAUUUAUAUUUUUCCACCGAUUUUCUCAAGUUGAGAUUUAUAAUUUUAACUGUGUUAAUAUCAGUUUGGUAAGGUUUCCUAGCUGUUGAAAAAUCAAACCAUAAUAUGCAGUAGCAGCAUUGGAUGUCAACCAAACUCAGCUAAAUUUGCUUCAUUAUUGAAACUUCUUGCUACCAAAACGAA